AUGGGCGUACGCAUCACUUCCUGGAAUGUGAACGGCAUUCGCAAUCCGUUUGGAUACCAACCAUGGAGGGAAAAGAGGACUUUCGAGGCUAUGUUCGAUAUACUCGAUGCGGACAUAGUCGUAAUGCAGGAGACCAAAAUCCAGCGCAAGGACCUCCAGGAUGAUAUGGUCCUAGUGCCUGGCUGGGAUGUUUUCUUCAGCUUGCCCAAGCACAAGAAGGGUUAUGCUGGUGUAGCAAUCUAUACCCGGAACUCAGUAUGUAUGCCCAUCCGGGCAGAAGAAGGGAUCACUGGAGUCCUAUGUCCACCAAGUUCUUCAACCAAGUUUCGAGACCUCCCCCCGGAUCAACAAAUAGGGGGUUAUCCAAAGCCUGGCCAGCUUGUGGGUCUGAUAGACGAUCUAACUCUCGACUGUGAAGGCCGAUGCGUUAUCCUUGAGUUCCCUGCCUUUGUUCUGAUUGGAACAUACAGCCCAGCUAAUAGCGAUGGGAGCCGAGAUGAUUUCAGGCUGGGCUACCUCGACGCAUUAGACGUUCGAAUCCGUAACCUCGUGGCCAUGGGCAAGAGGGUCGUCCUAACAGGCGAUCUCAAUGUUAUCCGAACAUCCAUGGAUACAUCCAACCUUUUCGAACGACUAAGGAAAGAGGGCAUUUCGGUUGAGGAGUUCUUUUCCACUCCUUCCCGCCACCUUUUCAAUCAGCUUAUUUUCGAGGGAGACGUGUUAGGCAACAGGGAUGAGAAUAGGGAGAAGCCGGUGCUGUGGGACCUUGGUCGGCUCUUUCAUCCUACUCGCGAGGGCAUGUUCACUUGCUGGGACACUAAGAAGAAUACUCGUCCCGCCAAUGUCGGCAGUAGAAUCGAUUAUGUUCUAUGUAGUGACAAUAUGAAGGACUGGUUUAUCGACUCCAAUAUUCAGGAAGGUCUGAUGGGAUCUGAUCACUGUCCAGUUUUUGCAACCCUCAAGGAUGUCGUAAGUAUCGACGAGAAAGAGGUACAUCUCAGGGACAUUAUGAAUCCUCCGGGAGUUUUUAAGGACGGGGUUCGGCUUAGGGAUUGGACAGCAAAAGACCUUUUACCAUUAUCAGCGAAACUCAUUCCUGAAUUCGAUCGCCGGCGGAGCAUCAAGGACAUGUUCUCCAAGAAACCGGUACCUUCGAAGUCGGCUCUAGCACCAAUCAACGAGCCGUCAGAAAGUCCCAGCAGCAGUUUCGCUAAAAUUGAACUAUCAAGAGACGAAGAGGCCGCCGAAAUACCCACUUCACAACCUGAAUCAGUAACUUCAGCGCCUUCUCCAGCUAAACCACGGACCGGUACUCUUAAGCGCACACCCUCAAGCACAGCAUCUACCAGCAGACCACAAAAGAAAACAAAAGCCACACUGACCAAAGAACCCUCAUCUAAAGGGCAAAGUAGCCUCAUGGGCUUUUUCAAGCCCAAAACUACCGCGAGUCCGAGUACAAUUCCAGAAAUAAACGAAGAUACCAAAACGCUUAGUGAGGUUAAUAAUAAUUUCGAGGCCGAAAUGUCGAAAGAAUCCAAUAACAAUGAAGAAUUAAAAGAUGCUAUCAGACCAUCUAGUCCAGAUAGAGUCUUUGAUCCUAUCGAAUCCAAGGAAUCUUGGUCCAAGCUGCUAGGUAAAAGAGUCCUGCCGAAAUGCGAGCAUGGAGAGGACUGCAUUAGCGUAGUGACCAAGAAACCCGGUGUUAAUCGAGGGAGGUCAUUCUUCGUCUGUGCCCGGCCCAUUGGGCCGUCGGGCGAAAAGGAGAAAGGGACUCAGUGGCGUUGUCCGACGUUUAUAUGGAGUAGCGACUGGAACGGGUCGUAA